UGUUUUUGGCUCUCGUACAGGUCAGACUCCCCAAUCACUCCCUUUCUUUUUGCUCUUUCCUGCCUUUCUUCCCCUUUCUUGCUCACAUCUGCAGGGUAUUUGCUGAGGACGCUUCGCCUGCAAUGGGACAGCUUGUUUUUGGACUGGACCUCAGACUUCACUGCUUCUCAGCUGAUGUUGUUCUGAGGGGGUAAAUUUUUGCUGUUGGUGAGGACUGAAGUUCCCGACACAAAGCCAGCUGGCUGUUGGUAUCCUGCAGGAUAGCCCAGCAGCUUUGGACAUGGGCUUUCCCAAACGCUCCAUCCCUCAGACCCUAAGUGUGCUGCUCCUGGCCUGGGUGUUGAUACACUGCCAGACUCCUAUUGAACCAGAGGAAGAGGAGAAGAAAGAGCCAAUGACAAAGCCUGAUACGGUAAAGUUGGAAGUGAAGUUUGAGCAGCUUGGAUGUCCGUCUGAAUGCAGCUGUACAGCAGAGGGAGCUGUGGACUGUGCAGGAGUUGACCUCACAGAGUUUCCGGCCAAGCUUUCUGAUUCGACCCGGCAGCUCUCUCUUCAGAACAACAAGAUUGAGGAAAUAACAGUGGAGCACCUUUCCCAUCUACAUCAGCUGGAGACUCUAAACCUUCAGAACAACUGGCUCACCACCGAUGGUCUUGAAGAUGAGGGGUUUGAGAUGCUUGAACAGCUGGCUUAUUUAUACUUGGCAAAUAAUCAGCUCACAGCAGCACCGAAGGUUCUACCACCAUCUUUGAUUAGUGCUGACUUUGCUGCUAACCAGCUCACCAGGAUCUUCCCCCACACGUUUGGUCAGAAGCCAAAGCUAAGGUCUGUGUAUCUUCAUAACAACAAGCUGACUGAUGUGGGUCUUCCUGAUCACAUGUUCAAUGCGUCUGACAGCCUGGAGAUCCUCACUAUGUCCAGUAACUUCCUGCAGGUUGUCCCCAGCAACCUGCCCUCCAGUCUUUACCGUCUUCAUCUGAAGGUCUCACCCUCAUCAAAUAACAAGCUGGAGAAAAUUCCAGAAGGGGCGUUUGACAAUUUACCAAACCUCAGAGAGCUGUAUCUCCAGAACAACCACCUCACAAAUGAGGGCAUGGACAACGAGACUUUCAGCCGUCUGAGCAGCCUGGAGUGUUUGGACUUGUCAAAUAACAACCUGAGUGUCGUUCCUAAGGGUCUGCCUCGCAAUCUGAUGCUACUACACCUGGAGAAGAAUUUUAUCCGCAGCAUCCCUGGAGAUGCUCUUAUUUCUGUCCGAAACCUUGAAUACCUGCUCCUCCAUAACAACAAGCUUCGCUCCCGCUCUAUUCACCCAGCAGCCUUCCAGGGCUUGAAAAAGCUGCACACUCUCCACAUGUACAACAACCUGCUGGAGCGUGUUCCCCGGGGCUUGCCUCGACGAGCUAAGACCCUAAUGCUGCUCCACAACUCUAUCUCCGAAGUUGGCCGCAAUGACCUGGCCUUGUACACCCUGACAGAACUCAAUCUCAGCUACAACAAGCUGACCAAUGCCAAGCUACACCGCGAUGCCUUCAGGAAGCUACGUGUGUUGGAAACCUUGGAUCUGUCGGGGAAUGCCCUGCAUGCAAUGCCUCUGGGUCUCCCUCGCAGUCUGCACCUUCUUGAAAUCAAGAACAACCAGCUGACUUCCAUCCCGGACGGCACGCUGACGGGAAUGGACAAGCUACACAAGUUGGUCCUGAGUCACAACCAACUAAAACUGAAUUCAGCCUACCAGGGAGCCUGGAUGGAGCUCACUGCUCUCACGACGCUGGACUUGUCUGGUAACCAGCUGACGUACAUCCCCACUGACCUGCCCGAGUCUCUGGAGUACAUUUACCUCCAGAGUAACCGCAUCUCCAGCGUUCCUGCUUCAGCUUUUGAAGGCACUCCGAACAUCAAAGGCAUCUUCCUCCGGUUUAACCGGCUGUCUGUAGAGUCGGUGGACGAGAGCUCUUUCUCACAUCUUUCAAACCUACAAGUGCUGGACUUCGGUACAGGCAACACAGACAUUCCCCUUAAAGGAGAUGAGAUAAACGGGAAGAAGAUUAAGGACGAGCAGGAAACAUAGGACACACUUCCAAACACUGACACUGGACUGCAUUGAAUCAAGGACAGAAGCAACAUUUAAAGGAAAGAAGGAAAUGAGAAUUUCAUUUCUCAUGGCAGUUUUUUUAUUUUUAUUUUUAGUUUUAGAGUCUUGUGUUUCCAGUAUAGAGGACCAGAUUAAAUUAUUUUCCAUGUUGUGUGCUGGGUAAGGUUGCAUAUCUUUCUAAGUAAAUUCCAAUUUUAAAGACUGACGGGCAUCUGUCACCUGAUCAUGGUUUUAUGUUUUAUUCUUAACAGAAAUAAGAAAAGUCUUCCAUGUGAAUGUUUCUGAUUCAACCCCCAGAAUGUGAAGAGAGAGAAAAAGCAAAGAUCCAUCCCACUGUUGUCAUACCCGAUGUUUUUGAUUCUCUUCUCUUUUCUAGAUUAUUCCAUCAUCUCCUGUAUUUACAGUGUAUUUGACUCAAAUGACUGUAAAGCAGUUUGUGUUUUUAAAAUUGAAAGUGGGGGGGUUAUGCAAAAUUUUUCAACUGAAUGCCAAAAUUAACAGGACAUUGUCUAUCAGCACAAAUGCUGCUGCUUCCUACAGCGUCCUUCUAUAAUUCCUGCAGUAUCUUUUUCUAAUUCCUACAGCAUUUUUCUCUACUUCAUGCAGUAUCAUUCUCUGCUUCCUGUAGCAUCCUUCUCUACUUCAUGAAGCAUCAUUCUUUACUUCCUGUAGCAUCCUUCCCUACUUCACGCAGCAUCAUUCUUUACUUCCUGUAGCAUCCUUCCCUACUUCACACAGCAUCAUUCUUUACUUCUUGUAGCAUCCUUCCCUACUUCACGCAGCAUCAUUCUUUACUUCCUGUAGCAUCCUUCCUUACUUCACGCAGCAUCAUUCUUUACUUCCUGUAGCAUCCUUCCCUACUUCACACAGCAUCAUUCUUUACUUCCUGUAGCAUCCUUCCUUACUUCAUGCAGCAUCAUUCUUUACUUCCUGUAGCAUCCUUCCCUACUUCAUGCAGCAUCAUUCUUUACUUCCUGUAGCAUCCUUCCCUACUUCAUGCAGCAUCAUUCUUUACUUCCUGUAGCAUCCUUCCUUACUUCAUGCAGCAUCAUUCUUUACUUCCUGUAGCAUCCUUCCCUACUUCAUGCAGCAUCAUUCUUUACUUCCUGUAGCAUCCUUCCUUACUUCAUGCAGUAUCAUUCUUUACUUCCUGUAACAUCCUUCCCUACUUCACGCAGCAUCAUUCUUUACUUCCUGUAGCAUCCUUCCUUACUUCAUGCAGCAUCAUUCUUUACUUCCUGUAGCAUCCUUCCCUACUUCAUGCAGCAUCAUUCUUUACUUCCUGUAGCAUCCUUCCCUACUUUACACAGCAUCAUUCUUUACUUCCUGUAGCAUCCUUCCUUACUUCAUGCAGCAUCAUUCUUUACUUCCUGUAGCAUCCUUCCCUACUUCACGCAGCAUCAUUCUUUACUUCCUGUAGCAUCCUUCCCUACUUCACACAGCAUCAUUCUUUACUUCCUGUAGCAUCCUUCUUUACUUCACGCAGCAUCAUUCUUUACUUCCUGUAGCAUCCUUCUUUACUUCAUGCAGCAUCAUUCUUUACUUCCUGUAGCAUUCUUCUUUACUUCACGCAGCAUCAUUCUUUACUUCCUGUAGCAUCCUUCUUUACUUCACGCAGCAUCAUUCUUUACUUCCUGUAGCAUCCUUCUUUACUUCGUGCAGCAUCAUUCUUUACUUCCUGUAGCAUCCUUCCUUACUUCACGCAGCAUCAUUCUUUACUUCCUGUAGCAUCCUUCCUUACAUCCUUCUUUACUUCAUGCAGCAUCAUUCUUUACUUCCUGUAGCAUCCUUCUUUACUUCAUGCAGUAUCAUUCUUUACUUCCUGUAGCAUCCUUCUUUACUUCAUGCAGCAUCAUUCUUUACUUCCUGUAGCAUCCUUCUUUACUUCAUGCAGCAUCAUUCUUUACUUCCUGUAGCAUCCUUCCUUACUUCAUGCAGCAUCAUUCUUUACUUCCUGUAGCAUCCUUCCCUACUUCAUGCAGCAUCAUUCUUUACUUCCUGUAGCAUCAUUCUUUACUUAAUGCAGUAUCCUUUUCUACUUCAUGCAGCAUCCUUUUUUACUUCAUGCAGUAUCUUUUUCUACUUCCUGUAGCAUCAUUCUUUACUCCAUGCAGUAUCUUUUUCUACUUCCUGCAGCAUCAUUCUUUACUUCAUGCAGUAUCCUUCUCUACUUCCUGUAGCAUCAUUCUUUACUUCAUGCAGUAUCUUUUUCUACUUCCUGUAGCAUCAUUCUUUACUUCAUGCAGUAUCUUUUUCUACUUCCUGUAGCAUCAUUCUUUACUUCAUGCAGUAUCCUUCUCUACUUCCUGUAGCAUCAUUCUUUACUUCAUGCAGUAUCUUUUUCUACUUCCUGUAGCAUCAUUCUUUACUUCAUGCAGUAUCUUUUUCUCUACUUCCUGCAGCAUCAUUCUUUACUUCAUGCAGUAUCUUUUUCUACUUCCUGUAGCAUCAUUCUUUACUUCAUGCAGUAUCUUUUUCUACUUCCUGUAGCAUCAUUCUUUACUUCAUGCAGUAUCUUUUUCUACUUCCUGCAGCAUCAUUCUUUACGUCAUGCAGUAUCUUUUCCUACUUCCUGUAGCAUCAUCCUUUACUUCAUGCAGUAUCUUUUUCUACUUCCUGUAGCAUCAUUCUUUACUUCAUGCAGUAUCUUUUUCUACUUCCUGUAGCAUCAUUCUUUACUUCAUGCAGUAUCCUUCUCUACUUCCUGUAGCAUCAUUCUUUACUUCAUGCAGUAUCUUUUUCUACUUCCUGUAGCAUCAUUCUUUACUUCAUGCAGUAUCCUUCUCUACUUCCUUUAGCAUCAUUCUUUACUUCAUGCAGUAUCUUUUUCUACUUCCUGCAGCAUCAUUCUUUACUUCAUGCAGUAUCUUUCUCUACUUCCUGCAGCAUCAUUCUUUACUUCGUGCAGUAUCUUUUUCUACUUCCUGCAGCAUCAUUCUUUACUUCAUGCAGUAUCCUUCUCUACUUCCUGUAGCAUCAUUCUUUACUUCAUGCAGUAUCCUUUUUUUACUUCCUGCAGCAUCCUUCUCUUUUUCCUGCAGAAUCAGUAUCAUUCUCCACUUAAUGCAGUAACCUUCUUUACUUCAUGUAGCAUCUUUCUCUUCUUCUUGCAGUAUAUUUUCUACUUCCUGCAGCAUUAUUCUGUACUUUCUCCUCUAUUUGUGCUGAUUUUGCUGUCUCUGUAGUGCAGAAGUGAGUCUAGAUUAUACUAGUACCACACUAACUGUCCACGUAGAGACAAUAGUUCUCUUUCUAGUAACUAUAAUUUUGAAAUCAUUUUACAUUGAAUGAGUGAAUUUUAUACUUUUGCAUUAGACAUUUCUUUAAUCUUUGACCAUUUUUCAACUGAAUUGUUGCUUGACGUUGCUGCAUGCCCGGCAGUUGCCCAAUUGUUUUUUUGGAUAGAGUAGUGUUUGGCAUUAGUUUAGAAACAGUGUUAAACAUGGUAAGUGUUUCUCCAGGUUUUCAUCCAUUUUUAAUUUCUCACAGUUAGAAUUUUGGGAUCAGACCAGCAGCAGUAUAUUGUUGUACAACCCAUGCAUUGAAUGAGGUGUGACAGCACAAACAGCUAGAAUGAGCACUAACUGCUAGAAAUGUUUGAGGAGGAUGGUUUGAUGGAUGUUUAAGAUGGUGAAAAUAUGCCUUGGAUUAGCUCGUACUUUAGCUCCUCCAUUAAAAUUCCCCCUCACUGCUUCUCUUGACUGACUGAAUAGCAGGUUAUUAUUCUUGCACUCAUCUUGACAACUGGUAGUCAGUCAGAAGAAAAAUCAAGUGAGCUGAUGUACAAACUUCCACACUCUUAUAAGCAGUAAUGAAUGUGCAUCUGAUUAUUUUAUGUACUUUUUCUGCCAUGUGCUUGCAAAUGAAAUACUCCAAACAUAAAAGCAAUAUCAACAUAUGUGAAGCUUAAAUCCAUCGUGCUGAUCCUCCAGUCCUCCUGUUUUCUACAGAGAUAUAUUUUUAUAUGAUAUAAGCAUCCUCAUUCUAUUGCACUCACUAUAUUACUCUGAAUACUGUCACGCUCACAUACAGAUGUAUUGUAUUGUCUCAUACAUUAAACAUUCACUGAACACAGCAAUAGAUUAUUAGAAAAGCUGAAUAAAGACGGUUUCCUUACA